GCUAGGAUUUCAAGCCACAAAAUGGGCUGAAACGUGUCACUUUGAUCAUACAUAAGUAUUCUUAUGAAGAGGAUUAUCUGUAUGUGUCUCUGUAAAGUGAGAGUGUGAGAAAGUCACCAGUAACCUGCAAUGUGCCAAAUAAUAAAAUAGUAACUUUAGGCACAUUCCUCAAGGGAGAUAAACACGCGCCCGCUCGCGCACACAGUUCACGAGUCGACUUUAGUUUGUUAUGGCGCGCUGGGGCAACUUUCGCCAGGGACACACCUCCUUGCACCAACCUACCCUCACCACCCCCCGACCCCUUACACACACACACACACACACACACACACGUAUACCCUCCACCCUCUACAACCCCUCCACCCCCAACACACACACACACACGCACACACACACACACACACACUACCAAAACUUGGCCGUGGUUGUCGGCGUUUCUGAUUGGUCGCUGCGCCACGGCGACGUGACAACACCUGCUCGACCGAUUCAUCAACACUGACAGGCCGUGCCGCGGGAGAUAUAGGCAGCAUCCAUCCCGUUUCAGCGUGCUCAUUCCCGACAGAGACACACUAGCAUACACAAACACCUCGCGUCUCUGAGAAACUCGAUUAUCUAAGGUGUCUCGAGGGGGAAAAUAAAUAAAUUAAUACACAAUGUUGUCCAGAUUCGCUGUGGCGCUCCUCGUUCUCUCGGUGAUCGCGCUGACGGACGGAACAGACGCUACCGACGCUCACGAAAGUCACCCGGAAAAAGCGGCAAGCCCAAACCAGAAAGGACGACUCUCCUUACACAACACAGCCGAGAUCCAACACUGUCUGGUGAAUGCUGGAGAUGUGGGCUGCGGCGUGUUCGAGUGCUUUGAGAACAACUCGUGUGAAAUCCGGGGACUGCAGGAAAUCUGCCUGACCUUCUUGCACAAUGCCGGGAAGUUUGACUCCCAGGGCAAGUCUUUCAUCAAAGAUGCACUAAAAUGCAUGGCCCAUGGCCUGAGGCACAAAUUCAGCUGCAUCAGUCGAAAGUGCCUGGCCAUAAAAGACAUGGUGUUCCAGCUUCAGCGAGAAUGCUACACAAAGCAUAACUUGUGUGCGGCAGCUAAGGACAACGUUAAUGUCAUUGUAGAGAUGAUCCACUUCCAGGACUUGCUCCCAAAAGGGCCCUAUGUGGAACUGGUGAACAUCUUACUAGCCUGUGGUGAAGAAGUGAAGGAGGCGAUUAGCAGAAGUGUCCGGAUACAAUGUGAGCAAAACUGGGGUGCGCUCUGCCACAGCCUGAGCUUCUGCUCAUCGCCACCCCCCCUUGGCAACCAGGAGCGCCAUGCAAGUCAACAUGAGCAUCCUAAAGGUCCACGCCAAGCAGACAAAGAAAAGCCUGGCAAAGGGGGCUCGAGCGCCCAUCCAAGAAGUCGUGGUCAGGGUGCACGGCGUGCAAGCCUCGAUGCCACGAUGGCUGAGCAGGAGGACCCUGAGAACACUGACAUCCGGAGGGUCGCGGGGAACCUGGAGCCUAUCCCAGGGAGCAUCGGACACAAGGUUGGGUACACCCUGGAUCGGGUGCCAGUCCAUCGCAGGGCACAAUCACAUACACACUCACACACCCAUUCAUACGCUAUGGACACUUUGGACAUGCCAGUCAGCCUACCAUGCAUGUCUUUGGACUGGGGGAGGAAACCGGAGUAUACGGAGGAAACCCCCGCAGCACAGGGAGAACAUGCAAACCUCACACAUACAGGGAAGUAGCGGGAAUCGAACCUCCAACACUGCUGGUGUGAAGCGAAUGUGCUAACCACUAAGUAUUCUAUGAAUAUUUUAAUUUGUGUUAAAAAUUAGGAUGCUUGAAUACACACACCCCUAGGUCAUAUGCACACACACACACACACACACACACGCACACACGCACGCACACACACACGCGCACACACACGCGCACACACAUGCGCACACACAUGCGCACACACACAUGCACACACACUGUGGUUGCUAACAUAAAGAAAACGCAAUCACUCACCAGUUCCAGAAUGAUGAAGUGUCUAUGAUUAUCUAAUUUGUGUGUCACUUAUGCACUAUUUGGGAUUUACCCCAAACACAUUAGUCUGACACAAAAACAGCAGCAGCUCAGAGUGUGUGUCAUGGAAAGCCAGGCUGCUUGUGUUCUAGCCAACCCUUCAGACAACUCUACUGGUUCCAAGUAGAAAAAAAAAAUUGCAGCCCUCACUCUCUCUCCACUGAAAAGAGGCAGCGGUUGGAGCCAUAAUAAACUGGCCUAAGACCUAGAAACUAGGUUAAGUCUACACAAAUAGCGAAAGCUAUUAUGGAUACAACCAUUGGAAAUACCAUCUUUGGUACAGCCAUAGGAGAAUUCCCUUCAACCCUGACUGUAGAAGGGUUUCAUAAGGAGUACAGAGACACAGAGUACACCAUUUAACCAUUUAUUGGUUUACAACCAUUUACACCAUUUAACCAUUUAUUAUUAUUAACCAUAAUUUGGCCAUUUUUGUUGGCGCAGUCUAUCACUAUCUGCCAACAGUACUGCAUACAGACUAAAAUUGUGAAGUUUUAUUGUUUCAUUUCCAGAUUAAAUCUAGUCUUGGACUGGACUAUAUUAUGGGUAAAAUGCUUCCAUUAACAAGCUUCUGUCGGGCACUGUGGACAUUCUUAAUAAAAAAUAAAAUUUAAAAAACCUGACCGUUAAACAUUUGCAAUGUUUGCAUUUACAUUUAACUUAAGAGGUUGAGGUAUGUAAAGGUAUAUUACAGAUUAGACAGUUUAAGACCUUUUCAUUUAUGGCUGCGAUGUUGGAUUUUCUACUUAUGCAUGCAUUCUCUAUGGAAGGUAUUUUAAUGAUUUGCAAU